AUGUCAGAAUCUUCCUUUCAGGACAUUGAAAACUGGCUGGACCAGCUAUCAGGCGCUUCUGAGGCCCCCACGACUCCCGCUUCUACCCUCCAUAGCCCGUUGUCCACGAUAAGCGGCUACCGUCAGAAGAGGCGAGCGUCAAUGGCAACACCACGAGAUUCAAGCCCUUCCAAGCGACCUCGGCUUGCCGAUGAUCGGACGAUAACAUCAGAAAUCUCGCUUCGUUCUACGACCACUACAUCGCGGCAGGUGAGCCCAACUCGAGAUAUUUUGAAUCAGCUCCGCCUUGCAGACCCUCCAGUCGUUUGCGGUCCUACAGUAAGCCGAACGCCGGAUUCCGCAAUCGUCCUAAGGAAGCGUUUGACAGACGGAUUUGGACAUAAAAUAAUCCCCCGAGGGCUUGAGUCGCGCAUCCGUGCCUUCGACUCCCUUUCCGCCGAUGAGAUACCCGAAACAGCGUACUAUGACUCAAGUACCCUGUCCGAUGCCGCCCUCGAUGACCUUUGGGCAGAGCUGGAAAAGAUAUGUUUCGAUGCGAGCCAAUGCGACAUAUACGGGAAAGAUGAAAACGCAUGGUGA